CAGAUAUUUUAUUGUUUAUUUGUCAAUGUAGUAACACGAUUUAGUUUCACAAAUUUUUAGACUUUUAACAAAGGAAAAUGUGCUUUUUGGGCUUCACUGUACUCAGAUUCCUUACCUUCAUUUUUUCUUCGCUUCUCGCAAUAUGCGUCAUGGCAGGAAUUUGUGCAUCGAUCAAUAAACUUGAUCAUUAUAAUCAGAAAAUUCAGAUUAUUUUAUGCUUUACGCUAGCCUUUGAUUUGCUCAUGAACGUGGCUAUAUUUUUAGGACUCUACGGCGUGAUACGUCGUAUUUUAAAAAAUAUUUAUCUGUAUAUAUGCGCUUUGGUUUGCUUCUUUGUUGUCAAGAUCACAGUUUCUAAAGCCAUACAGAAUUUUGAUAAAAAGGAAACUGAUAUUAUCAUCACUUUUUGGUAUCAAUUGGACGUAGUCCUGGCUGGCUUUUGCCUGAUAACUGCAACACCAUUCUCUUUGAAGUUGUCGGAGAAACAAGAUGAUAUCGUAUAAAUUGAAGUUUGUGGCGUUUAAAUUUGAAGUUAAUAGUGUAAAGGAUAUUUUCUGUAACAGUCGAUUAACAGCUGUAAUCCUUAUUGAAGUUUGUAUAUCAUUUAAAUCGAGCUUAACUAUACAAUUGGACAACUGCGAAGGCUGUUGAGACUUUCGAUUUGGCAUCGCAGAUAGCUGAAAUGUGUGAGUUUGUGUGGGCAAUCAAAUUACAUGCGGAAUUAUGGACACACAACACGCCCGCAGGAUGACAACACAACAACAGCCAUCGCAAUGGAAGCCAAUAAAGAUGACGAUGACAAGAUAAACGAAAAGUUGUGACUGUGAAGAGAGCUGGGGGUCAAUGACUGUGUCUGCUUUAAAUGAAAUUUAACGAUGCACACAAAUAAUGGCACUUUGCAUUUUAAAACACUUUCGGCGACUGCGAACUGUGAACUGCGAACUGCAAAGUGUCGAGGCGGUCAAAAGUCAAACCAAGUGCGGAUGCGACAUUGACAUUCAAUUGGACGACGCACAAACGAAGCGACGGAGUCCCUUGCUCUCUGAGCUCUCCGAUGCUCAUUAUACGCAUUUCAUUUGACACUUUUAUUGGCCCAGCUGUCCAUGAAGCUGAUAUUUCACACUUUGCCACACCAAGAGUGGCGGAGGAGAAAAUGGUGCAAAUUAAAUGUGUAAUGCUGGGCUCCAUUUAUGCGGGUCAUUUUAUAGCCAGAAACGGAUGUGAAUGCGGUUACGGAUAUACCGAUAAGGCCAUUAAAUAUCUGCAGCACUUUUGCUGGCCAUAAACUCCGGCCCCCCUCAAAACCGUCCACAUCACUCAGCCAUCUCCAAUGCCAUCUCUUCAACGCCAACGCCAUCAGCACUCAGCCAAUUACGCAAAUAAAAAAUACAGUACAACGCAGAAAAAAA